AUGGGCAAGAAAUCCAAAUCGCAGUCAAAGUCGGCCCCUGAGGCUCCCACCAACGGUGGCCUUCCGUUCCUGGGCAGCGCACCGCUUGAUGCGGGCUUGUCUUCGCUGUUCGAGAAGAGUGCUGGUCCAGUGAAAACCCCCACUGUCAAAUAUGUCGAGUUCAAGCCGAGGAAACAAGCGAAGGAAACUGAGGAUGUCGCCGAGUCGGAGGAGGACGAGGCUGAGUCUGAGGAUGAGGUGAUGGAAGAUGCUGCUGAGGAUUCCGCCAAGGGAAGCGAAUCCGAGGCCGAGGACAAGGCCCCCGAUACCCAGAGCCGCAAGCGCAAGAGAGGAGGAGUGGAGGAUGACCUCGAGGCUUCAUACAUGCGCCGCAUUGAGAAGGAAGAGCAGAGGGCCGAGGACAAGCGCAACGCCGAGCAAGCCAAGCGCCAGAAGCCCACCGAGGAUGAUGACGACGAGAGCGAUGCCUCAGAGGCGGAGGCAGAGGAAGACGCUGAAACCGAGGAUAGCGACGAGGAGGAGGCCGGCAAGAAGGAGCCCGUCCCCGUUCACGAGAGUCUGUCUGGCGGCUCCAAGGCCAGCGAGGUCGAAAAGUCCAACCGCACGGUCUUCCUGGGCAACGUCUCGACCGAAGCCAUUAAAUCCAAGGCUGGCAAGAAGACCCUUCUCCGACACCUGGCAUCCUUCUGCUCCGACCUGCCCGAAACCUCCGGCCCACACAAGGUCGAGUCGAUCCGUUUCCGCUCCGUGCCCUUUGCCAGCGGUGGUGGCAUUCCCAAGCGUGCCUCUUUCGCUCGCCGCGAGAUUCUUGACGAUACGACUCACAGCACCAACGCCUAUGCCGUCUACACCACUGUCCAGGCAGCUCGCAAGGCCCCUGCUGCGCUGAACGGAACUGUGGUUCUGGACCGACACUUGCGUGUUGAUAGCAUUGCUCACCCUGCCGAGAUCGACAACAAGCGCUGCGUGUUCGUUGGUAACCUGGACUUUGUCGACCAAGAAGUUGCUGGCGAGGACGAGAACGGCAAGAAGAAGAAGCCCCGCAAGCCGUCUGAUAUCGAGGAGGGUCUUUGGCGUGUAUUCAAUGCCCACACUGGUGACACCAAGGAUAAGAAGGCCGUCAAGAAGAACGUUGAGUUUGUCCGUGUGAUUCGUGAUCAAAACACUCGCGUUGGCAAGGGCUUUGCCUAUGUUCAAUUCUACGAUGGUACCAGUGUGGAACAAGCUCUGGUGCUCAACGAGAAGAACUUCCCUCCUCUGUUGCCUCGGAAGAUCCGCGUGGCCCGGGCCCGCAAGGUGAUGAAGAGACGUGAUGAUGCUGGCGGCAAGGGUGCUCGUGCGGGAGACUUGGCUCGCAAGACUCUUCAAGGUCGUGCGGGCAAGCUGCUUGGCCGUGCUGGUGCAUCAAAGAUGAAGACCGAGGGCAAGGGUGGUAUUGCUGGUAACUCAUUCGUGUUCGAGGGUCACCGUGCCAGUGAGGGUGGCUCAUCGACGUUGAAGGUGAAGGUGAAGAGCCGUGGUUCCAAGGGCAAGCCCAAGAAUCGCAGCAGCAAGCGUGCGGCGGCCUACCGGGCAGCUGGUGGACAGAGGCCAUGA